GGGAUAUAUGAAUUUUGGAAAUCGAUGUUGGAAUUACAGAUUUUCUGUUACAGUAAGGGUAUAUAGCGGAAGAGUAUAUUUCAAAGAAUCAAGGAUUAAAUCUAUUUCAGGAAUCCAGGUCGUCUUCGUGAUUGGAUAGAACAGUGAACAAUGCAUCUAGCUCAAAACAACAUGGUGCUACAUUUUCAUUAGCAUCUGAUCGGAAAGUAAAGGUUUUUAAAUAUCCAACCGUGCCUGAAACUGUACAAUGGGGAUGUUGAUUAGCUGUUGCGCCAGGGGAUUAUCUGGCGACACGGAAUCAACACAGAUCCACUUACGGAACAGACAGCGCCAGAUAGCCCAGUGCCAGAAACAGCAGGCCGCAGAGAGGCAAAGCACGGGCCGCAUUGACAAUGUGAAGGAUAAACCAGUUCUGACACAAGCAAACAGAAAGGCAUCACUAACACAAGGUGCAGUCUUAAAGGAUAAACGAGAAGGCUUUCAGAAAUCAAAAAGUGAUGAAAGGAAUCGGUCCAGUAUCAUGGGCGGUGCUGAUGGCGAUGGAAAAAAUAAACGGCCAAAAUUGGUUAAAUCUAAGAGUGUAGCGUAUGAUGGCUAUGAAGACAAGGGGCCGAGAUAUAAAUGAUUUUUUGUAUUUGACAUCAUUCAACGACUUACAUUUUGAUAAAUGCAGAUUCUUUGCAUGGAAAAAUGUUAUAUGUUAUCAACAUAUAUUCACUCUACUAUACAUUGCAUUUGGUGUUCAUGAGCAACCCAUUUGGCUUAUUAGUAAUGAUUAUGUCUUUGUUUUUAUUUGUCUGGUCCUUAUUAAUGGUUUAUCGGUUGAAUGUUAGAUGUUUCUAAG